AUGGCUGCGUCGGAGGCUCCGCGCGUGCUGGUCUACGGCGGCCGGGGCGCCCUGGGCUCGCGCUGCGUGCGCGCCUUCCGGGCCAAGCAGUGGUGGGUGGCCAGCAUUGAUUUAGCAGAAAACGAAGAUGCCAGCACCAACGUUGUUGUGAAAAUGAGUGAUUCUUUUGUUGAACAAGCAGAUCAGGUGACAGAAGAUGUUGGGAAACUGUUGGGAGAAAAGAAGGUGGACGCUAUCCUUUGCGUAGCUGGUGGAUGGGCAGGAGGCAGCGCCAAAGCAAAAUCUUUAUACAAAAACAGCGACCUGAUGUGGAAGCAGAGCGUCUGGACCUCCACCAUCUCCAGCCACUUGGCCACGAAACACCUGAAGGAAGGCGGCUUGUUGACCCUGACGGGGGCAAAAGCCGCGUUGGCCGGAACUCCGGGAAUGAUUGGCUAUGGCAUGGCCAAAGGAGCCGUCCAUCAGCUGUGUCAGAGUCUGUCAGGUGCGAACAGUGGCCUACCGCCGGGGUCUGCUGCCGUGGCCAUUCUCCCGGUUACCUUGGAUACCCCAAUGAACAGGAAAUCCAUGCCUGAGGCAGACUUCAGUUCCUGGACACCGUUAGAUUUCAUUGUGGAGACUUUUUCUGACUGGGUCACUGGAAAGAACCGGCCAGUCUCAGGGAGUCUGAUCCAGGUGGUAACCACAGGAGGAAAGACGGAGCUUACAGCUGCCCAUCUCUGAACUGGAGGAGUUUGCGUUUCUGCAGGCAGCAAAGGCAAAGUCAUUGCGAGUCUUAGCCAGUGUGUGCCUGUGUGUGUCG